GUGGGUCUCAGUUAACGUGAUUCAUGAAUGGUGCCCUAGUUCCGGCCGCGCUGAACAUUCAUGAAACGACUAACGAACAUUAUUAUCCUCCUCUGAACCCUUGCUAUUAUCUCUGUCUCGGCAUCUAAUUAUUCAUUCAUCAUGCAGUCUGUCCUCCAGCGUGCAACACGGUCAACGCUCGUGUCUGCACGACAUUGCCGGAGGUAUCAUGCUUCGGUACUCCCUUCGCUCGUCGCACCUGCCUCGCCCGAGUUUCGGGAGAAAGCAGAUGCCAUGGACUUACUGGUCGCAGAUCUGGAGGCCAAGUUGGAGCACGCGAGACAGGGUGGAGGCCCGAAGGCUGCAGAGCGCAUGCGAAGCAGGGGAAAGAAACUACCGAGGGAACGUUUGUCGUUGCUACUGGACCCACACACCCCGUUCUUGGAGUUGUCACCACUAGCAGCUCAUGAAGUUUACCCGGAACAUAUCCCUGGUGCUGGGAUGAUCACAGGUAUCGGUAGAAUAUCAGGGCGGGAGUGCAUGGUCGUCGUGAAUGACGCGACAGUGAAGGGAGGGUCUUACUAUCCUUUGACUGUCAAGAAGCAUUUACGAGCGCAGGAGAUCGCACGGGAGCACGGACUUCCAUGUGUCUACGUUGUUGAAUCAGGGGGUGCGGCACUACCCCACCAGGCCAAUGUGUUCCCCGAUAAAGAGCACUUUGGUCGUAUAUUCUACAAUAUGGCUCAAAUGUCUGCUCUUGGCGUUCCGCAGAUUGCACUAGUGCAUGGUAUAUCUGUCGCAGGUGGAGCAUAUGUUCCCGCAAUGGCUGACGAGAAUAUUAUUGUGGCGGAACAGGGGCGUAUCUUCCUAGCAGGACCACCACUGGUUAAGGCUGCUACAGGCGAGGAAGUGGAUGAGGAGACUCUCGGUGGUGGACUGAUGCACUCGAGCGAAAGUGGCGUAACCGAUCACCUCGCGCGAGACGACGAGCAUGCUAUUGCAAUAGCAAGGGGUAUGGUCGGCGACCUCGGCGUUGCGGGGUGGAAAGCAACUGGUCCUUCAGCGGCACCAGAGGACCCUGUGUACCCCGCUUCUGAGCUGCACGGAAUUGUUGGCACUGAUUCGCGUCAGGCUUUCGAUAUGCGAGAUGUCAUUGCUCGGAUAGUAGAUGGAAGCCGUUUUCGAGAAUUCAAGAAGGAAUACGGUCCGACUAUGAUAACGGGCUUUGCUCAUGUACAUGGGUACGAAGUCGGUAUCAUCGCGAACAAUGGAAUUCUAUUCUCGCCAUCGGCUCUAAAAGCCACACACUUUAUCCAACUAUGUUCACAACGUCAAAUUCCACUUUUGUUCUUGGUGAACGUCACUGGUUACAUGGUAGGUUCGAAGGCUGAGAGAGGGGGAAUCGCAAAGGAUGGUGCCAAGAUGGUUCGAGCAGUUGCAUGCGCUGAUGUUCCGAAGUUAACCGUCAUCGUCGGAGGGAGUUUUGGAGCUGGCAAUUAUGGAAUGGCCGGGCGCGCCUACUCCCCGCGGUUCCUAUGGAUGUGGCCCAAUGCGAAGGUCUCGGUCAUGGGCUCUGGUCAGCUAUCGCAAGUUAUGGCUACGGUCUCCAAAGACCCAAGCCAGCACUCGUCACUGAAAGCGGACAUUGAAGCACAGUCAACAGCGCUCUACUCCACUGCUCGUUUAUGGGACGAUGGUAUUAUCAAACCUACGGACACGCGAGAUGUGGUUGGUCUGGGGCUCGCGCUGGCAGCAAGAGAGCGUCCUACGUCACGCGGAAGGGGGUCAGUUGGAUCAACUACAUGGGACGGCGAUGGCAAAGGAUUUGGAGUGUUCAGGAUGUGAAGAUUAUUUUUGUCAAAUGGUUGGAUUCCGACCUCCCUGCGGCCUGCUGCAAUGCAUUCGGAUAUUUGACCGACUACUUGCCCGAAGCCGCAAUAUUACACCUGCCAUAUUCGUUUAUUUAUUUCCAAGGCUUUUGCCAAACAACGCUCUGCAGCUUGAUCACGCAAGUUCGUCCAUGUA